ACAUUUUGGUCAACUAUCAUUUGCACUACAAGGAGCAUCAUGCUUCUCGCGUCCCACGCUUAGCAGUGACAUUUCUAUAUAUGGUUAAGAAGUGCCUUGGAUUGUGAAUACGGAUUGCGAAGUUAAAAAAAUCAAGUUAUCACCGAAUUAAGAAACAAAAUUUCCGUUCUUAACGCCGAACAUUUAAAGUAGAAGAAUAAAAAUUCUAACAAAUUGCGAUAUGGAGUCUGUAAUUCAACAGAAAGUCAUAGAAGUUGCCAAUCAUGUUGAGCAGCAGUUAGACGCAGAAUUGGAGAAGUUAGACAAUUUGGAUAUCAACGAUUAUGAAAAGAUACGCACACACAGACUGAAUGAGCUCAAACGAAUGCAAAAACAGAAGCAGGAUUGGCUGGCUUCGGGUCACGGAGAAUAUGCUGAGUUGUACGACGAGAAAGAAUUCUUUGAAGUAUCGAAAAAGUCUGAGAAUAUAGUUUGCUUAUUCUACAAAGAUGAUUCUCCACGAAGUAAAAUAGUGGAUCAUCAUUUAAAGAUUCUUGCGAAAAAACACAUCGAAGCGAGAUUCUGUAAGCUGAACGUCGAGAGAUGUCCCUUUUUAACAGAACGAUUACGGAUCAGAGUUAUACCUACAAUUGCCUUAAUUGUGAAUGGUAAAACCAAGGAUUAUAUUGUGGGUUUUACCGAAUUAGGAAACUGUGAUGAUUUUUCCACACAAACAUUGCAAUGCCGUCUUGCACAAUCUGGCGUGAUCAAUUAUGACGAUGAUGUGCAAUCGUCAGAAACUGGUAAAAAACCCUUUAAUAUAUUUGGACCUUCGAAACCCAAGACCAUCAAGGGACGUACCUCAGAUGACUCUGAUGACGACUGAGAUUGCAUCUAGAUACAACAAUUUAUUUGUAUAUUCAUUUUUCUCAUGUAUUAAAUUUGAAUUAUAUUCUUAGUCUCGUUUCAUAUUAGUGAGCUUUUUUACAAUAAAGAUAUGAUAAAUUUUAUAUUUUAAUACUUGGAAUGUAUCUAAUUUUUUAGCAUAAUAGUUAAAUUGUCUAUACUAACAUAUUUUAAAUUAUAUUUACAUUAAAAUAUCAA